UUGUAGUGCUUUCUGUAUCAAACGGUGUUGAAUAUAUUUCUUUCUGCAAAAUGAGAAUGUUCGGUGCGCUUCCACUGUUGCUGAUGAGCGUUUUCAUCAUGGCUGCUGGUGGUCCUGUCGCAAAAAGUGAACUCGGCAAGCCCGGAAUGGCUCGAAACAACUUGCCGAUGUCGGCGAAUAUGAAUAACUAUGUCGAUAUUAUAAUGAUUCAAGUUGGACCAUGGUUAAACGAACAUUUUAUACCGAUCAACCUGCCAGACAUCGUCGAAGGGUUCGAGCAUCAACCGAUUUUGAUUACCUAUCAUGGGGAGUUGGAACUCACAAACGGAAUUUUUCACAACAUCCAAAGUGUGGUACGCAAUGGAGCGGCGAUGAUGCAUUACGAUGGCACACUGCUUCGUGUGAAUAUUGGUGCUAACUUGAGACAACUGGCGUUUACAUAUGACUACUCUGCUCACAUUAUGGAUCUAGGACCGUCUGGUUGGGUCGAUGUUGAUGUUGCUACUGUAACGUUCCAGUCCGAGUUUAUUAUCAAUUUGAACAACUUCUUCAUAUACUUAGGAGACUUCCGGCUCACUAACAUGGGAUCCCUGAACAUCCGAUUCCGUGGCACGGUACUAGUGGACUGGUUGAUGAACAUUUUCGUCGGCAUCAUCACCACGGUCUUCAACAAUACCAUCACGAACGUUGUUUCGAACUCGUUGAACUCGUUCAUCCAGGCUACGCUGGAUGAAAUGAAUGCCAGAAUUCAAGCCCAAGGACGUGCUUUGACUGAGCAAGAACUGAUACAGCUUGUUCACCAGCUGAAGACCAUGUUUUAGGUGUCUGGUUUCGAUGACUGAUCAAAGUUUCAACAAAGCGAAAGAUAUUCCGUCGUGCUGACUUUGAAGGAAUUCAACAUUGAUUGGAAAAAUAUAUAUUGUUAUUGUUUCAAAA